AUGGCUUCCUCCCCCUUCUACCAGCCGUCCUUCCAAUUCGAGAACCCCGACUGCUCACACCAGCCCUAUCUCUACCACGGCUACCCACAACAACACCGACAGCAGCAAUACCGCUACGACCAACCGCAGCUGCAUAGCACGGCGUGCUGUCCGCCACCCUUCAAGCGUAUUCGCACCACGGACCACGAACACGACAGCCACCAUCAUUGCAGUGAGGAGGAGACGACUACGAGUUUCUACUCGCCCCUCGCAAGCAGCUGCCCUCUUCUGGGGAACACAAGCCAAGAAGAAGUAGAAGAAGGGUUCGACCUGGAGAGCGAGUUGGAACUCCUACUACACGAACUGAGCAGCAACGCGGGCUCCAUUCCUGCGUCUCCCCCUUUCUUCUUCUCUUCCUCUUCCUCUCCCUCGCCCUCUCCCUCUUCGUCCUUCUCUUCCUCUUCCGACGAGCCCGCCGCUUCCCUCCCGCUCUCCUUCUCGCCUCCCUUCUUCACCCUCGAGGCCCCGUCGUCGUCCAUGAGCUCGCCCUCGUCGUCGGGCGCCUCUUCGCCGGCGCGUGCGUCGUUCUGCGGACCCGCUGCUUCGGCGCAAACCGCCGCCAACGUGCGGGUAUGCCUUUCGCACAAGCCCCGAGGUUCUGGCGGCAGCUACGUACCCCUCGCCCCGGAGCAGCACAUUCGGGUGACCAAGGGGAAAGGUAAGCGACUGCGAUUGGCCGUGGAGAGCGACCGGCAGUUCGAGUGGGGCCACCUGCAGCUCAACCUCAUCGACGAUGCCACCGGCGCCUCCUGCAACGACCACUUCACCAUCUGGAACCACAAGAGCGCCAUCGAGGACGACGAAGAGGCAGGAGGCACGCGAGCGGAGGUGGAGGUGACGGUGAACAAGCUGAGUCCGCAGCUCCACUUCCAGGUGGUGAUCGACGCGAGCACCAACGAAGAAGAGGCCGCUUGGACGUGGGGAGGACACUCGACGUCCUUCGGCACCCACAACAACGGCAAGGACCGCAGCGUGCGCGCCCUCAGGAAGCAGCGCAAGGAGGCCCUCCGAGCAGCCGCAGCGGCGGCAGCGAGCGACCGCAGGCUGCGCAACAAGGCCCGAUCCACGUCGCGCGCAUGA